CUAUCCUUCGCUUUAUACUUUCACGUCGUAGCCUACAUAAUACUCCAUGGGCAAGCUAAACAUCGCACACCACAAAUCCUACCACCCGUAUCGUAGGGAUAACAUCGAACGUGUCCGCCGGGAUGAAGAAGAGGCGCGGGAGAAGGAGGCACGAGAGGAGGGAAGAAUGAUGCUAGCGGAUUCAGAAGCUAGAAUAGACCUACUCAGAGAACGGGCAGGGGCAGCCUCUCUCUCCAAGAAGAAGGGGAGAGACGAUGAUAUGAAGCAAUUGGAGGGCGCUAAGGAAUCGCUGCCUACAUCUGGAGGUCACAUCAACUUUUUUGAAGAUCUCGAACAGAACGCCAUAAUUACAACUGUGCGGUCAACCAAGAAGGCUGAGCCUAAGGAGACGGACAAAGGAGUGCCGUUAGCUCCUUCUGCUAAGGAUCUCCGGCCAUGGUACUCUGAACGCAACCGUGAUCGAGAUAACGUGGCAGGAGAUGAAGCUGCCGAGGAACGCAGGAAGCGAGACACGGCACGAAAAUCCAUUCACGAUCCUUUAACAUCUAUCACACAUCAACUUGCUUCCAAGUCUUCCUCUUCCUCUUCCUCGCGACACCGUCCUCGUCCUCCAAGCGCCCCCGGCCAACCACCAGAAGUCAAUGCACGCAUUACACGUGAACUAUCUGAAAGGGAGCGGGCCCUGGCUCUAAUUCGGCGGAAAAAAGCAGAAGAAAGAGGUAGCGAGACGCCGAGCACAGUCCACGGGGGUACUGAAUCUGAGUACGGUGAUAUGUACAACCGAAGGGAGGUAGAGGAAGCGCAUCGUGGUCGCUGGGAAAGCAGCUCGAGAAGAUAUCAAGGAAGGCAUUGGUGAGCUGGAAAGGCAUGACCAGUUGCGCCUGUCAAUUUUUGAACGGAGAUGCGCUUCGCGUGAAUGUGUUGUCCCCUCAAUGGUGCAGUCCUGCCAUAUCAAGGUUUAUGAUUAACGUCGUCUGUACACGAUUCUCUACUCUGGAAGCGUGUAGCUGCGCAUCU